UUUCAAGUUUUCUCAAAAAAGUUUAAGAACCUAACAUCUAUCUCCUUUACGAGUUUUUAAAAAAUCAUUCACGUAGGACCAAAUCUGUCAAAAUCCAAAAUUCCCAAGGACCAAAAAUCUCAGAAAUGUGUGAGUUUGGGUUUGACCAAUUAAUACCCAGUUUGGAAGCUAUGAAAACCAAUUCUCGGUGCCUGAGGAAUUUAGGGGUUUUUGCUUGGCCCUAAAGCCCCUACGUUUGAGCAUUUGUGAGACAACCCAAAUCCAAAUCUAUUUCGAAAACCAAAAUUCUCAAAAAGAUGACCAAAAAACUCAGAAAUUUGUGAUUUUGAGCUUGACCUAUUAAUACCCAGUUUGGAAGCAAUCACAAAAAUUCACGAGUGUUGUGAAAUUUGGGUUGUACUGGGUCCUAUAUACUGGUCUCCCGCGCAUUCUUCUUUGUGCCUUUGGGUUGAGCAAGCAGCGUUAAUUACACAGGUCUUCCUGAGCUCGCUCAGCUUCAGAGUUCAAUGGGUCGCUCUCGUGGAAAUUUCCACUCUGCCGAUGAGGACCCCACCCAAAGAUCAAGAAGAAAAAAGAAUGCCUCCAGUGGAGAAAAUUCAGAAUCCGCAGCUGCAGGUCAAGGGACAAGUGAAGGGAAAAGGGCUUUAUACCACUGCAAUUAUUGCAACAAAGACAUUACAGGGAAGAUCCGUAUCAAAUGUGUCGUGUGCCCUGAUUUUGACCUAUGUAUAGAGUGCUUUUCUGUUGGAGCUGAGGUGACACCACAUAAGAACAAUCACCCUUACAGGGUUAUGGAUAGUUUAUCCUUUCCUCUUUUUUGCCCUGAUUGGAAUGCAGAUGAUGAAAUACUGCUACUAGAGGGGACUGAAAUGUAUGGCUUGGGUAACUGGGCAGAAGUUGCUGAGCAUGUGGGAACUAAGAGUAAAGAACAAUGUAUAGAACACUAUACAAAUGUAUAUAAGAACUCCCCAUACUUCCCUCUUCCGGACAUGUCUCAUGUUGUUGGAAAAAACAGAAAGGAGCUUCUUGCUAUGGCUAAAGGACAUAGUGAGGACAAAAAAGGAUUUCCUAUGAUAGGGGAGCUUAAUUUGAAGGAAGAAUCUCCUUUUUCUUCUUCAAGAGUCAAAAUUGAAGAUUCACAUAAAGGUGGUUCCUCUGGCCGCUUAUUGUCAAGCUUAAGUGCUGAAGUGGAAUCUGGGGUCCGUUCAGCAGCAACAGCUGCUAACAAGAAGGCAUCUAAUGUUGCCCAGGUUAAAGAUGGCCCUGGUGUCAUUAAAGUGGAAGAACCUCAAGCAGACAGGAGCUUUGGGGGAAAGAAACCAAACUCUUCAGGGAAUGAGGGUCCUUUAGUUGAAUUGAGUGGUUACAACCACAAAAGACAGGAGUUUGAUCCUGAAUAUGACAAUGAUGCUGAACAGUUAUUGGCUGAGAUGGAAUUUAAGGAUACAGACUUAGAGGAGGAGCGUGAGCUGAAGUUGCGAGUGCUGCGUAUCUAUUCAAAGAGGCUUGAUGAGAGGAAGCGCAGGAAGGAUUUUAUACUAGAAAGAAAUUUGUUAUAUCCGAAUCCUCUUGAGAAGGACUUUUCGCCUGAAGAGAGGGCGAUCUGUCGGCGAUAUGAUGUAUUCAUGCGUUUUCUGACCAAGGAAGAGCAUGAAGAUUUGCUUCAGACUGUUAUUACAGAGCAUAGAACACUGAAAAGAAUUCAAGAACUUAAGGAUGCCCGAGCUGCUGGUUGCCGCACAUCAGCUGAGGCUGAUAGAUACCUUAAACAGAAAAGGAAAAGGGAAGUUGAAGAGAAUGCUCGUCUAGUAAAGGAAAGCUCUCAGGUUGGUCCAAGCAGUCAAGCUGGUCCAAAUGCAUUCAUGGCUUCAGAGUCUGUUGGCAAGGAGUUUGAUUCGAGACCAGUGGGACAAGCUACUUCAAACUCUGUGAACGAUUUGGAUAUAAUGGGCUUUUAUGGAGCAGAAUUAUUGUCUGAAAGUGAGAAACGGUUAUGCGGCGAGAUUCAGCUACCCCCACCUCUCUACCUUAAGAUGCAGGAGAUUAUGUCAAUCGAGAUCAUCAAUGGUUCUGUCACUAAGAAACCCGAUGCCCAUCACUUGUUCAAGCUUGAAGCCAGCAAAAUUGACAGAGUUUAUGACAUGCUUGUGAAAAAAGGGAUUGCUCAACCGUGAAACUUGAAACCAUCUCCUGCUUUACUUUGUUCUUUAUCUUAAUAGUAAAUUGUUUCAUUUUUAUCAAUUUUAUUCUGUGGAAAUGAAAAGCAUUUUAUAUUUUUGUGU